CGCCACCAUUACUGCCGCCUCCCGUGCCAUUAAUGCCGCUGCUGUCGCCGCCGUCUCCGGCGGCCCUCGGUGCGGGAUUUCAGAGCAGGAUCAGCCCCAGCAUCCUUCUCAUCAUCUUGAUCUUGGCCGUGAUCUUUUUCAUCUCCGGCCUCCUCCACCUACUUGUCCGGUUUUUGUUCCGUCCGGCGCCGCGUGACCCCGGCGACGCCGACACCAGCGACGGGAACGCGACCGCCUUCCAGGGGCAGCUUCAGCAGCUGUUCCAUCUCCACGACGCCGGCGUCGACCAGACUUUCAUCGACGCGCUGCCUGUGUUCCUCUACGGCGCCGUGGUGGGCACCGGAGGGAAGGACCCCUUCGACUGCGCGGUGUGCCUGUGCGAGUUCGACGACGACGACCGCCUCCGCCUCCUCCCCAAGUGCAGCCACGCGUUCCACGUCGAAUGCAUCGACACGUGGCUGCUGUCGCACUCCACGUGCCCGCUCUGCCGCCGGAGCCUCCUGGCCGACUUCUCGCCGUGCGGCGGCGGCUGCAGCCCGCUGGUGUUCGUGCUGGAGUCCGGCUCGGAGGGCUCCGUGUCCGAUCGCCUCGACGGGGCGUCCUCUGCCCACCUCAGCCUCGUGAUGGAGCAAGACGAAGGAUGCCAGGGCCAGAAGCACGGAGCUGAUGUGAAGGAGAAGGAGGAGGUGGUCGUCCCCGUCAAGCUGGGCAAGUUCAGGAGCCAGGCCACCGAAGGCGGCGUCGGCUCCAGCCGCGCCAACCCCGACCAAGACGUGAGGCGGUGCUACUCCAUGGGGACCUACGAGUACGUCAUGGACCAGAGCUCCCUGCUCCGUGUCUCCGUGAAGCCGCCUGCCAAGAAGCGGCCGGCGACGCGGAUGCCGGGGCACCGAGUGGCCAUGUCGGAGUGCGACUGCCACUCCAAGCGGGAAGGGUUCCGCGGGUUCGACGCGUCGGCCAAGCUCUCGAAGCCCACGACGGGCAAGAAGGAGAGCUUCUCCGUGUCCAAGAUAUGGAUGCGGGGCGGUCCGCGCAGGAAGGACGGCGGCGCCCCGUCGGGCUCGUCGUCGCGCCGUGCGUCCUCGUUCCGGCUCCCCUCGGCGCUCCAGCGCGCCGUCGUGGACUGGGACGUCGAGUCCGGCACGGGCACGGGCACGGCCGCCGCAGGGCUCAGCUCGAGGGCCGACGAGGCGCCGUCGUUCGCGAGGCGGACGCUGCUGUGGAUCAGAGGCCACCUGUGAAAAGUUCCGCCGUGCUCCUAGCUAGGAUCUAAGAUCAUCUGCUGCUCUGCUCUUGCUCUGUUCGAUCUGGUGCUCGCAUGAACCGAUCGCUUGUGCAAUACCCAGACCAAAUUCGACCGUCCAAGCGCGGGAGUGGAGAUUUGCCGCAUUCUGGCGGGUGGAAUGAAAGAAUCAGUGAAUACAAGGUAAAGGAUUUGAUUACUCCUCGGAUUUUUGUUUUCAGAGAGUGUUUCACUGUCGUGUGUAGCUAGUAGGGCUUACUUGAAAGAUUUCCUGGUGUUUACCGUACAUUGCUUCGAUAAAGUUUCCUCACAAGUAUAUGAGAUGGCACUCUUAGCAGAGAGGCCCUUGUUCAGAAUUUCAAAAUUCAGAAAGAAUAGUGGCUUCCAAAAAGAAAUAC